CAAGAUGACGCCCGCCGUCAUGACGGUUAUGGACUAAUAGCUGUUUGUUUUUACCUAUUCACAACGAUUCACAUGUUAUUUAACUUUAUACUUCCCAUUUUAAUUUGUUGUUUUUAUGAGCGACAUGAAAAAGUAUAUAGUGAUUGAAUUUGAUGAUGGGCUGAGAGUUUUGCCAAAAAACUGGCUACAAAUUAAAAAUAAUAUAUGUUUUCUUCCACCAACAUCAAAUGAAAAAAAAUUCAACAACGCUGUUAAAAAUAUGUCUUUUCCAAUUUCCAAUUGGAAAACAGUCAAAUAUAACAAGAUUGUUGGAAUGAGUGGUAAGUAUACUUUAUAAUGUAGUUAUUUUCUUGUCUUAUUAAUAUGUUAAUUAUUAUUCUUUUAUUCUAAACUUGUAAACAUACAUGUUUACAUAUUGUCUAUACUGGGUGAUAAUAAUUUAAUAUAUGUUUUUUCUCUGUUCAUAUCUAAAAAUGUUUAAUAACUUCUAAAUGGUUAUCUAAAAGUUUUUAUCAACCAGUCAUUUUCUUCAUUAGAUCAUUGUAUAAGAAUCAAACUACUUAAAUAUGUAUGUUGCUAUAUGAAAAAUUAAAGUUAACUCCCUUAUGAGGUAUAAGAGCUAAAAAUAAAAAAAUUUCUUUAUAAGUAAACUGAAAAAACAUCAUACUAACAGAAAUAUUUAAAACGAUAAAAUAAAAUCAUGUUUAAUUAUAAUUAUGUAAUUUAUUUGAAAAUGCCCAAAAAAAACUCUCCAAUAUAAUACAGUACAAUUUUUCUGAAGCGGCUGAUACUGAUGAAAAUAGUUUUCAAAAAACACAAAGAAAAUAUAGAGCAAAAAAAAUAUUUAUUUCAAGUGAUGAAUAUGUUACUGGAUCACCAAGAAUCAAGACGUUUAAGAAGAAAACUCCAAAAUUACCAACACCGCCUUCAAACUUUCAUAAUUCUUGUGAUAAAAGCAAUUCUAGUGCAACCAAUAAUACUCCAAGCUCACUAGUUUCAGUUGAAACUAAAAUUCAAUUAAUGGACAAAAAUCAAUUCAUUGAAACUCCGUCGCCUGAUUUAUUUUUAUCAAAGAGCUACUUAUUGGAUAAAAAUACACCAUUAUCUAUAGAUAACCAUGGAAGUGACUUAGAAGAAACACCAAAAAAAAAAAAAAAAAAAAAUUGACAAUACACAUGAGUGUUUUCAGAUGAAACAAGAGAUAUUGUUUUUAAAAGCAAACAUUCAGAAAAUUUUAAGAAAUGUUAUUGAAAUAAAGUUAUUAUUAAAAGAUACUCAUGCUAAUACGCAAAAUAUAGAGCUAGAUGCAAACUUCUCCUCAAUCUACAAUGAAUUGUUCCCCUUAAAAUCGAGAUCAUUUUUGGAUCAUGUUGAAUAUUGUAUCAUCAAUGAAUCUAAUUUCAAAUCAAACUUGGCAAGCCGCAUUAAAACUUUUAUGGGGUACAAUCAAAAUAAAUUUAUGUAUGUUGCAUUAUCAAAUCUAAUAACUGACCAGUUAGGAACUACAUUAUCUUAUUCUGGUAAAAAAAGGAACAGAAAUGAUGAAUCGAAAAUAGCUUUGAAAACACUUGAACUGUAUAAGCUUAUUUGUGAAACAGCUCGCCAAAAAUUUGUUGCAUACUAUUCCGAAAAUAACAUGGCUACAGCUGCAUCAAGUUGGCUUCGUCAUGUGUGUGAGCGACUGAAGAAAAAUUGUAGUAAACAAUAACUUUUAUAUUAUGUACUUUUAUAAAAGUACAAUUUAUGUACUUUUUUUUAUACAACUAUAGUUGUAUCUUUAUAUAGAUUACUUAUUAUGAAUUAAAUAGAAGUAUUAUUAUAUAUACUUUAA